GUGUCUACCAAUUUUGUGGAGGAUUUUAGACAACAUGGCCGUCAGUGCAAGUGACGCCACCGUAGAAUUCCGUUCAGAGACAGGUUAUUGGCCGAAGUUAAGAAGAAUCAGUAUGUGUUGGGCCUACCAAGCCAGCAGGAUGGUGCUCACUAGGCGGCGUCGCUAUGACUGUCAAAAACCAGGGAUUACUAAACGAAGGGAUACAUUUUUCAAAAAGGGACACGUUCCGUACAAGUCCAAAGUGGAUUUUCGAGCCUCGGACCCUGGGGAGUGGUUACGUCUUCCACUGGAUCUUUACAAUCAAGUGACUACAAAGGGACCUGGUGGUACAAGGAUUGUUCCGGACAUUCACAACAGGCCUUCAGCAUCCUGUCCCCUCCGGCGAAGUAUUCUCAGUGGGCUGACUGUGUUCUCGACCGUCGGUGCAAAGAUGAUGCCAUCCGAUCGCUCACGAACAACAUUGUUGUAAUCCUCAUUUCUGAAGUGAAACGAGACCAGCUACCAUCGGUUUUCUCUCGAGGCAUUGUUCUGCUGUAGGGCGAGUGGUAAGAGCGACCAACUUGAAAUCCACGGCUUGCCUUUUUGCUUAGUUGUGACUUUUGUGACUUUUUGAAAAUUCAGACUCAGUGUUGUAGAGAUUCUACAAUUUCUAUAAUCCGUUGUCAUGGUAACUGCCAAAACUUAGAAACCUG